CUCUCCCCACAGGCCCAGCGACCAUGGCGAAGGACGGGGCUGAAGCCCCCUGCCUCAGCAGCCCUGGGGGUGCUGCUGACCCUGGCCCUGCUGGCCCUCUCCCACCUGCCCCCCCCCCCAGACCGCUCCCCCCACCCGCUGCCAGCAUUGUCCCCCCCUGGCCCCCAGCCAGAGGCAGCUGCCCCCCUGUCCGGGGUCCAGACUCGCAGCAAAAGGCUCCCCAUAUCCCCAGUUCACCUGCAGUGGGACCAGCCUCCUGGCCAGGGCAGGAGGUGGCGGCGGGGUGUGGGGGGUUAUGCUCCCCCGUGGCUCUCCGAUGAUGACCUUCAGAAGAUGCAACUGCUGGCCAGUGGGCAGGUGGUCUCCAAAACCCGUGUCCCAGCCCAUGGGCAAGUCCUGCGAGUGGGGCUGCGGGCCAUGGGGGACGCUGAGCGGGAUGCCUCGCCAGCCAGCCCAGAGUGGGAGUGCCAGGAUGGGCGCUGUGGGCUCAUCAAGCGCCCCAGGGACCUCUAUGAGGUGCUGGCCUUCCACCUGGACAGGGUGCUGGGGCUGAACCGCAGCCUGCCUGCUGUGGCCCGGCGCUUUACCAGCCACCUCCUGCCCUACAGCUACACCGACGGCUCCCUGCGACCCAUCAUCUGGUGGGCGCCUGACCUCUGGCACCUGGAGGAUGUCAACAAUGACCAGAACUCCUGCGCCCUGGGGUGGCUGCAGUACCAGGAGAUGCUGCAGCCCCAUGGACCAGCGGUGACAGCUGGGGAUGCUUCCUGCUCCAGCAUCCCUCGUGGCGAGUGGAGUCGCCUGGCCCUCUUCGACUUUCUCCUUCAGGUUCAUGACCGCCUGGACCGCUACUGCUGUGGGUUUCAGCCUGACGCCUCUGAGCCCUGCAUGGAGGAGAUGCUCCACGAGAAGUGCCGAAACCCAGCAGAGCUGGUCCUUGUCCACAUCCUGGUCCGGAGGAGCGCACCGUCCCGGCUGGUGUUCAUUGACAAUGCAGGCAGGCUCCAACACCCUGAGGAGAAGCUCAACUUCAGGCUCCUGCAAGGCAUAGACAGCUUCCCUGCAGCAGCGGUGGCCACGCUGCGGUCGGGCAGGUUGCAGAACCUGCUGCUGGAGUCGCUGCACGUGGACCGGGAGCUCUGGGAGAGCCAGGGCGGUGCUGAGGGCCUGAGACCCCUGCUUCGGACCAUCGACAGGCGGGCACGCAUCCUGCUGCGGUACAUCCAGGAGCGCAACCUGACGGUGUUUGAGGACUCGCUGCGGUGAACCAACCGACCUUUGGCAGGCACGGCACGCCUGCCUGGCAAAUCCCAGCGGCGAUGUGAGACUGCGUGCGGGUGCUUGGCUCUCCAAAAGGUGGUUCCCCUGCUGCUUGUAGGAUGCCCUGGAGAAGGGAUCACAAGGAGUAUGAAAGAGGAGGAGGAGACUUCUCCUGAAACAAUCCACAACUGCUUGAGAAAGGCGACAGUUACCAAAUAAUGGUCUCAGCAUGGAUUUUCAAAGGAGGGGCACAGAGAGAUUUUUUUGGGGUGCCUUCACCCCCCACCCCCACCCCAGCAACUUCAAAAACUGGAGGCUUGGGCAGCUGAAGAGCCCACAGGGGCCCUGGAAAGGGUUAAAGAAGCAGUGAGAGGCACUGCUCAAGGCUGGGGGAAGUCACUGGCAGCCUUUCAGUGGCUUGCACUGGGCCUUUUGAAGAUGCCUUUGCUGUUUCCAAAACAUCACAGCCAGAGAGACUGGAGCACAGAGGGGAGUUUUCUAAGUGGAUUAGGCAGGAACAAGUUGCCAGAGCCGAGCUCUGCCUUUCCCCCUGUGGGCAAGGUGAUGUGUGCCUGGGAGCCAGCAUAAGCCACUGCCCGCAGCCGGGGCCAGGCAAGGUGCCAUCCCGGCAAGCACCCUGUGCCAUUGCCAUGUGCCAUGUGUCCUGUGCCAUGCGCCCUGCCUUGGCAGGCCUGGGCUGCUGCCAAUGUGCAUUUUGAAUGUGGGAUCUGAAGAUUUAAAUCUCUCGCUCGCUCUUUCUCUUCACUGUCAGGAGACUAAAGGGCAAACCUACCCCACUGUGAAAAGUGAUCCUGCCUGCUCUUUUAAGGCACAGCUGUGCAAAAACUCUUCCAAGGCUUGCAGAAAUAUCUUCUAACCAAAAUGCCAGGCUAUUUCAGCAGAAGGCAAUCAAGUGCAAAAUGCUUUCUGAGCAUGCUCAGGCAGAGGCCAUCCCACUCCUGUCACCCCUUAGGCUCUUGCCCAGCAGCCCACUGUGAUGGGGUGCAGCAGCACCCCAGCCAGGCAGGUCCUCAAGUGUCAGGGCUGAGAGGUAAUUCAAAAGCAACAGGAGGAAAAAAGAUACAGGGAUGGGCUUUGUCAGAGCCUCUUGCUCUCCACAGUGUGUUUCCCAGCUGAGGCAUGCAGUCUGUGUUUGCUUGCCAGGAGCAGAUGCUUCCCACCCCAUGGGGCUGGCUUUUUAAAGGGGCCUCAGGGAGCAGCUCUCCAUUUCUCCAGGGCUACAGGUGGAGCCUCCAUGCUUGAGGCACCCCAAAUCACUUGUGCCUUUGGAAAGUCUUAGCGAGAUCGGUGUGGACACCCAUGCCAUGAUGCUGUCCCAUUGCCCUAGCUUUGGACAACAUGGCCACCCAUGAAGCGGGAGAGGAAGAAGCAGUGGGCAUUGAUGCCUUCCCUCCUCCACCCCUCUCAGCACCAUGUCAGUUUUAGAGCCUGCAAGGGGAGACUUUAACACUCACGCUGAUAAGCAUGAGCAAUUACCUUUCCCCCCCCUUUUUCCUCUUGCUGAAGAGAAGAUGAAGUGGGGUGUGGGUGACGAAUCAACAACCACAAGUGCUCUCAGAAAGUGUCAGCACUCGGCAUCAUGGGCGCAUCAGCAUCCAGAGUACCAGUGGCAGCAUCUUCCUGGAGUCCUGCCCUCCAGUUAGCCAGGGAAAGCCUUUCCCCCAGCACUCUCUCCACCCCAUGAUUUACCACCCUGUUUGCUGCCCCAUGGGAUGGACGACCGUUGGGAAAGCCCUGCUAAAGCCCAGAUCAUGCAGAUUCAUUAUUAGGAGGUGACCUUAGCCUAUAAGCAUGGGGGAGAACCAAGUAACUCAUCCUGGGUCCUGUGAAAAGCCAUGCCCAGGCAUGGCCUUGUAUGAAUAUAGGAGACUAAACAUAACGUAAUUAAAUCGAGAAAACAUCCUGUGAAAAGCUAUGUGGUAACAAGAAUAUUAGAUAGGAUGUGUAGCAUCAUAGUCUUAUUUUUCUCAUUAAAAUGAGAAAUUUCAUUAAAAGAGGUUUUCAUCCAAUGUAAGCCAAGUUCUCAGCAAGAAGUGAGAGGAAGGUGGGGCACUGCGUGGUGGCCAAAGCUGCAGGCUUUGCUGUGCUGGAACAGUGGCUUUUGCCUUGCCUCUCGUUGCAUCUGCUUUACCUUAUUAUUGCACAAGGUAGUGGGGAUUUUUCAAGGUUUUUUUUCAUUUCCUUAGUUGUAACAUGUGUGUUUGCUGCCUAAACAUGUAUGGGAACAUCUGUAAGCAGUUAUGCAUGUGAAUAAAAAUCACUUUUUAUUUA